AUAUAACCCCCAAUCCAUAAACCCUUGAAACGAAAACCUUACAAAAAGCAAGAGUAAUUUACAACCCAAAUGUCCCACCAAACCUCUCCCUUCCCUUCCUGCUUCCGCCCCUCCACCACCGCCGCCGACGAAAUUCACCGCUGUCCUCCGACGCAUCAACCGGCGGCAUCCGCAUCUGGCAACCCAACCGUCAACACCUGCCUCUACCAGACUGAUCUUGGGAUCUUUUCCGUUACCUGGUCCCGCACAGUACUUGGCCGCUCACUCCACCUCAAUCUCCACCCCAUUGACUACGCCGCUGGAGGUGGUUCCUCUCCCCUGUCUCUAUCCGACCCACUUUCUCUCUCUACCUUGUAUUUUCAUCUCCACAUCAAGCACUUCUUUUUCUGUAAAAAACAUGGAUCCAAGAAACUUUAUUUUAUCGACCAAGAAAACAAGAAGACUAGAAGACCAACAGUUCAAAUCUUUUGGGAUCUUAGUAAAGCGAAGUUCGGAUCCGGAUCCGGCCCAGAACCUCAAUCUGGGUUCUAUAUAGCCGUGGUUGUUGACGGCGAAAUGACGCUCCUCGUCGGCGAUUGUACCAAGGAAGCUUAUUCGAAGACCAAAGCGAAAAAGCCGGAGAGAAAUCAAGGUCUUGUUCUCCGAAGAGAGCAUUUGUUCGGAAACAGAGUUUACACUACAAAAGCUAGAUUUGGGGGCAAGAACAGAGAAAUUUCGAUCGAUUGCAGAGUCGACAGUGAGGCUAGAUUGUGUUUCAGCGUUGAUAACAAAAGGGUUUUGUUAAUUAAGCGUUUGAAGUGGAAAUUUAGAGGGAAUGAAACGAUCGAAGUCGACGGUGUCCCUGUACAGAUAUCGUGGGACGUGUACAAUUGGUUCUUCGACGAGUUCAAAAAUGGUCACGCUGUGUUCAUGUUCAGGUUUGAAGAAGAAGAAGAAGAAGGAGAAGAAAAAGAUAAGAAAGAAAUCGAAGCUUGUAGUGUUGAAGGGAAUGAGAAAAACGGCGUCGUUUCUUGGCAGCAAAAUUUGGAGUGGAGAAAGAUGAGGAAGAGCUGGUUGAGGACUGCGAGGAGCUCGUCUUGGUCGUCGAUUUCGAUUUCUUCAGCGUCGAACUCAUCCGCCUGCAGCUCGUCGGUGAUGGAGUGGGUGGACGCGGAGGAGACCGAGUCAAGUGGGCCCAACAAUGGCUUCUCUUUGCUGGUUUAUGCAUGGAGGAAAUGACGACAAUAACGACUUCUUCUCUAACCUCCUAAACGACGUCGUUCCAAAAUGUGCUUUCUAAGUUCCUAACCCAUUUGUUUUUUUUAAUUUACAUAUUAUAUCCUGAAUGAAAAAUUAGAAUAUAGAUUAGAAAUCAAGGAUUCUUCUUCAUUGUAAUUAUGAUUAUUUUGCCAUUGAUGAAUGGAAAAGUAGCAUUUUUUUAACA